GCCCCGCACCCGCCUCCCUCCUUUUCUUCCACCCUCCUUUCAGGAAAAAACGGCGGUUGAGCCGCGGCGGUCUCCAACGGCGGGCGGGAAGCGGAGGGGCGAGGAGCCGGGGAGCUAGGGAAGGAGGGACUGCAGGGAGGAGGAGGAUGAAAGGGAGGAGGAGGGGAGCCCAGCCCAGCCGGAGCCAUCUCCAUCGAGAACAAAAUGGCGGCGCUGGCGGAGGGCCAACUGUGAGGCGGGGCCGCGGCCAUUCCCCCUCCGCCCCCACCCUCGCGCCGGCCGGGCCGGUCAGGGGGAGCCCGCUCGCUUCGCCCGGCCGCGGGCGGGGAGGGGAGGGGAGCGGCCCGGCCCACUAUGCAAAGCGUCCGGCGCCGCCGCCGCCGCCCCGUGGCAAAGGUAAAAGGGUCGGGUUCAGCCGCCGUCGCGGCGGCUCCAUGUCCGCGCGCCAGGCCCGCCCCCUCCGCCGCCGGCCCGAGCCCGCCCCGGCCCCUUUUCAAUUUUACCUCAGGAUUUGGCGCCAAAGCAGCCUCGAAGCAGGUCCCGUGUCUGCGGCGGGCGGCCCCCGACGCGGAGGGCAGGGCGCGGGGAGGCCGGGCUCCCGGCGUUGGCGGAUGGCGGGAGCCCGGGGGCCGCGGGCUCGCGGGGCAGCAGGCGAGAGACGAGACGCCGAGAUGGGGAAACAGGCCUAAAGGAAUGGACGUAUCUACUGAAGGUCAAGUCCCUAAUUAGUUGAAGAGAGGGUAAGAACUUGGAUCUCUUGGCAAAUACUCUGAAGGUCAAUGAGUUUCACUGCAGGAAAAGGAGGCCACCACCAGCCUGGGAUU